AGCACCAAGAUAUAAAUAGAGAAACAGAAUGGGACAAAGUUUGAGGAGAGAACAUGACAUCACUCAGACUUUCUCUCCACCCAACGAGAUCUGGGAUGGAGGUGCAAACAUGAGCCAGACAGGGAAGGACUUAGCAAAUCAUUUCAAUUCGGCUACUCUGGAGAAAGCUGGAGCAACUCUGUGAAAAAAGUUCUCUUAAGAGGUUUCUUCCCCGAUUCCCUCCUCAUUAAAGAGUAACUCAGAACCACAGCUGAAUAGACAGGGUGCUCCUGAACACUACAGAGGGGACAAGAAACCACAUGCUGAAUGAGAGAGACCUCUUUUUGGCACUGAGCACAGGAAGAUUUUUGGGAUCGUUUCUGGGGAACUGUGCAUUUUGGAAUUGGAUUGAUUCUUCCCACAUUCCUCAGCUGCUCUAGUCAUGGUAAAGCAUUUAUCGAUUCCUGAAAGUUGUUGAAUUCUGAAAACACCCAUCCAUGCCUCCGGACAACCAACGUGGACCGGGAGAACUUCCGAAAUGAAUUUUCUGAACCUGUAUGAAGAUGCCCUUUUCACAAGGAAGUGAGAAUUAACAUUUUUUUUUCUUAAAGAAAGAAAGAAACAAACUUGGGUUUCUGCAACCCAUCUCCCCGGAAUCUGGCUUGACUCACUUUUUUUUUUCAAACUUUUGGGAAGACCACCAUGAGGAAGCUGCUGUUUCUUUUCUGUUGGUAUUUGCGGAUGCUUUUUUUGUUUUUGGAAGAACAGGUAUCUGGAAAUUAUCCUCCAGCACAAGGACACCCAGGGUUCGAGGUGUUAGCAUCCGCUUCUCAUUACUGGCCACUGGACACCGUGGAUGGAAUUCAUGAGCUUCAGGAUACAACAGGAGCAUUAAGAAACCACAACUUCACUGUGCUUACCUCCCAUAAUUCUACCUUUGUAUAUACCAAUGACUCUGCCUACUCUAACUUCUCUGCAACCGUAGACAUUGUAGAAGGGAAAGUCAGUAAAGGCAUUUACCUCCGAGAGAAGAGAGGAGGGACGUUACUGUAUUACAAAGCCUCUUGCAUUAGUAACCCAACCCUGUGUGACCCUGAAGGAGUCACAUUUUCAUUUUUCUGGAAGAUCCAGGGAGAGCAGCCCAGGACAGCCCUUCCAGCCUAUGGAGGGCAGGUUAUUUCCAGUGGAUUCAAGGUCUGCUCCAGUGAAGGAAAAGGCUCUGUGGAAUUUUACACUCGUGAGAAUUCUAUGAAGUGGGAGGCCAGCUUCAGUCCACCAGGUCCCUAUUGGACUCAUGUCCUAUUCACAUGGAAAUCCAAGGAGGGCCUGAAAGUCUACGUCAAUGGGACCCUGAAUACCACAGACCCAAGUGGAAAAGUAUCUCAUACCUAUGGGGAGCCCAAUGUCAACCUGGUGAUCGGCUCUGACAGAGACCAACCUAAGAACUAUGAGAAUGGUGCUUUCGAUGAGUUCAUUAUCUGGGAGCGAGCCCUGACCCCCAGUGAAAUCAGGAUGUAUUUUACAGCUGCUAUUGGAAAGCAAGUAUUUCUUUCUACCACACCUCCCACUGCUGCAACCAACAUGAAGGUCUCCACUGAUGUCUAUUGUUCCAUCAUAAACAACUUGAAUGAGCAAAGAAGCAAUUCUGAACGAGAAGGGACCAUGCUGAGCUACCUUCAGAACAUGUCAGUCAGCUUACCCAAUGAGUCUCUGUCAAAGGAUACUGCCCUCAAUUUCACUGAGGCCUUCUUAGAAACUGUGGGAGAGGUACUUAAAUUCUCAAGUUGGACAAACACAGAUGAGAAACCUUCUGUCGGGGUGGGUUUGAUUGACACUGUGGACAAAGUUCUGUGGCACAUAGCUUACAAUCUGCAAACGUACAAAUUGGCUGUUACCAUCCAGGGCUCAUCUUCAGUAGCAGAGUAUUCAUUGGCCAAAGUGCCCCCAGAGACGAUGACAUCUCCUCACUACCGCUUUCCCACCCAGGGACAGAGCUAUAUUGAAAUUCCUCGGGAGGCCUUCCAUAGUAAAGCCUGGACUACCAUCGUUGGCCUCCUCUACCACACAAUGCACUGUUGUUUCAACAAAAUCCAGCCUACUGACACAAAGAUCAUUGAAGCAGUCAACUACAAAAAGCACUUGAUACUGGCUACCAGUUACCUUAUUUCUCUGAAGGUAGAACCACCACCAGUGUUGUCCCAGAACUUGUCAGGAUCACCUCUGAUCACUAUCCGGCUCACACAUACCCUGAGUCAGGAGCAAUACAGUGAUGUAACAAAUAAAAGCAACCAGAUUUUCCUUUACUGUGCAUUUUUGGACUUCAGCUCCGGAGAAGGCAUCUGGUCUAACCACGGCUGUGUCCUCACAGAAGGGAACCUCAACUACUCCAUCUGUCACUGUAAUCACCUCACCAACUUUGCUAUUCUGAUGCAAGUGGUACCUUUGGAGCUGACCAAAGGACACCAGGUGGCGCUGUCAUCCAUCAGUUAUGUUGGCUGUUCCCUCUCCAUCUUCUGCCUGACCAUCACCCUGGUCACGUUCGCUAUGCUGUCCUCAGUCAGUACCAUCCGAAACCAGCGCUACCAUAUCCAUGCCAACUUGUCCUUUGCCAUUCUGGUGGCCCAGAUCUUACUUCUCAUCAGUUUCCGAUUUGAGCCACGAACAAUUCCUUGCAAGGUCUUAGCAGUGCUGCUACACUUCUUCUUCCUGAGUGCCUUCGCCUGGAUGCUGGUGGAAGGCUUGCAUCUUUACAGCAUGGUGAUCAAGGUGUUCGGCUCAGAGGAGAGCAAGCAUCUCUACUACUACGUCAUUGGUUGGGGUUCUCCACUUGUGAUCUGCAUCAUUUCUGUAUCUUCCAGCAUGAACAACUAUGGAGAAAAUCUCAAUUGCUGGUUGUCCUUGGGGAAUGGAGCCAUCUGGGCCUUUGUGGCCCCAGCCCUGUUUGUCAUCAUGGUCAACAUUGGCAUUCUCAUUGCUGUGACCAGAGUCAUCCAGAUCAGUGCGGAGAACUACAAGGUCCAUGGAGAGGCGAAUGGUUUUAAGCUGACGGCCAAAGCAGUAGCAGUGCUCCUGCCCAUCCUGGGGAGUUCCUGGAUUUUUGGUGUGCUUGCUGUGAAUAACCACGCCAUCAUGUUCCAGUACAUGUUUGCAGUGUUUAACUCUUUACAAGGAUUUUUCAUCUUUCUAUUUCACUGUCUCCUGAAUUCUGAGGUGAGAGCUGCCUUUAAGCAUAAAACCAAGGUCUGGUCCCUUACCAGCAGUUCUAUUCGCAACAUCAAUGUGAAGCCCUUCAACUCCGACAUUAUGAAUGGAACCCGCCCGGGAACAACUCCGACCAAACUCAAUACUUGGGACAAGAGCAGCAACUCAGGCAACCGGAUCGACUUGUCAGCGGUGUGACCUGGGGUCAGCUUCCCUUCACCCUGACAAGCCUGCCACAUCCUGGGGGCUCAGCCCCCACCAGAGCCCCAUCCAAAUAUUUUCACAGAUAUUGUUAGUAUGAUUUUUUCUCCUCAUCACUGCCUGGGAAAUGGAAACUGGCUGUCUUGCUUAUUGGAUAGCUGGCCGUCUUCUUAUGUUCACUCUCUUGUGUUUAAUGGAGCUCACCCCUUGGUGUAGAAUAUAGAGUAGCUCUUGCCCUGGGGUAUACUGGAUAGCUUACUCAGUGAUGAGAACAGUAGAUAGAAGGAAAGAAAAAAGAACACAACCCCACCCACCCCUACACUGCUGCUGUCUGAAGCCUGAAGCUGUAUGGUUACCGUGAACACAGGCCCCCUGAAGGACAUGCUUCAGCUUCAGAAAGAAAAGAAUGAAGCUAAAAUACUCCAUGAUGGGAGUCUGAAGUCAGUCUUCUUGCUUCUUUCACAUUCUCUGUUUGCACCUGAGGAGCCCAAUCAUCCCAGCGGUGAAGACACAGAAUACCAAAGACCAAGGCAAAGGAAAGGAAAUCCAUCUGAAAACCAGCAGGUCUCUGUGCUGAGAAGAGAGAGAGAGAGAGAGAGAGAAGCUCUGUUCAGCCUUUCAUACUGUAUUGGAGGCUCAAGCCCAAGGAAACUAAGACUUUUAUCAUGUUAUCAAGACAUGCUGGGGUUCACACAAAUACACGUAGUGGCCAUCCAUCCUUAGGCAGAUGAUAGGCGUAUAUGAGCUACAAUCUAUGUAGGAUAUCAUAUGUACAUACACAACAUCUACACGCUCACAGUCAUUUAUAUAAACACAGCAUGUACAUAAACCUGUUCAUAUUAUCCUCAAAUCUGUGCAAAAUUAAAGCUUGAUUCAGAAUUCAGAAAGAUGUUACCAGCCUGGAUGACACCCACUACAUUUUCCUGAUUGCCUUUCCUUCUUACAGCUAUCUGUUGACCCCAAAGUCUGCCUAAAGAUUUUGCCUAUCAGAACCUUACAGUUGUAAUUACCUUUAUCCAUUAGAAUAGGGGCUCCUUGAGAGCAGGAAUUGUUUCAUUUUAGUGUUUGUUAUCUAUCCUUCAGUACCUAAUACAGUGCCUUGCUCAAAAUAAAGGCUGAAUUAAUGUCUGUUCAUUUGACUUACCCCAUGGGCACAGGGCUUAUGAGUAUUAAGUGUUGUCAGGACAAUGACACCCAAUUCUAAAAUAAUCCAGCAGCAAAUGACAAAGAAGAUGAGAUCACAGCAACAUCUGUGGGUAAUUUCUAUAGCUUGUGUUCAUAGAUGCCUUUGGAGUCCUUGGAAAUUCUUGUCGAUCUCCACCUGUGUUCUUUGAAUAAAAGGAAAGUGCUUGUGAAGCAAAA